AUGGGAGUGAGGAAAAUGAAAAACGUGGGGAAAAAUGGGAAAAACGGGAAUGAUGGGAAUGAGGAGCGCUGGGACCCGGGAGAAUCCCAAAAUUUGAGCGCGUCUCUGGGGGAGGGGCUGCCAGCGCCCGCUGCGACACCCGGGGGCUCUCAGGUUGCCCAGGUGGGAACUGAGGUUGCCCAGGUGGGUUCUGAGGUUGCCCAGGUGGGAGCUGAGGUUGCCCAGGUGGGUUCUGAGGUUGCCCAGGUAGGAACUGAGGUUGCCCAGGUGGGUUCUGAGGUUGCCCAGGUGGGAGCUGAGGUUGCCCAGGUGGGAACUGAGUUUGCCCUGGUGGGUCCUGAGGUUGCCCAGGUGGAUUCUGAGGUUGCCCAGGUGGAUCCUGAGGUUGCCCAGGUGGAUUCUGAGGUUGCCCAGGUGGAUUCUGAGGUUGCCCAGGUGGGAGCUGAGGUUGCCCAGGUGGGAACUGAGGUUGCCCAGGUGGAUUCUGAGGUUGCCCAGGUGGGUUCUCAGGUUGCCCAGGCGGGUUCUCAGGUUGCCCAGGUGGAUUCUCAGGUUGCCCAGGCGGGUUCUCAGGUUGCCCAGGCAGGUUCUCAGGUUGCCCAGGUGGACUCUGAGGUUGCCCAGGUGGGUUCUCAGGUUGCCCAGGCGGGUUCUCAGGUUGCCCAGGUGGAUGCUGGGGUUGCCCAGGCGGGUUCUCAGGUUGCCCAGGUGGAUGCUGGGGUUGCCCAGGUGGGUUCUCAGGUUGCCCAGGCGGGUUCUGAGGUUGCCCACUUGUGCUCUGAGCUUGCCCAGGUGGCCCCGCCCCCCGGCCCUGGAGCCCCCCCUCCCCCCGGGCCGCAGCUGCUGGGGGGGGCGAUUCCCAAAUUUGGGCGGGGGGGGGGGAAGGGGGGGCAGAGCCCCUUUAUUUAG